AUGGACAUUGGAUGUGCAUAUGAAACUGAAUCUAGAAAUGUCUGGAGGGAAGAUAUACCCAAUUUCCCGGGAGAAGAAGCUGAAAGUGAGACAACUAUGGAGGACCCAGAGCAAACACACGUUGCAUAUCCUUUAUACACAAAACGUAUUGAUGUGUAUCAAGUUGUAGAAAAGACGUCAAAAGUUGAAGUUGAUAUUUGGGCAGAACGAUCGAACAAGCUACAUAUUCUGAGUCUUAAAGACGAGAAAGAUGCGAUGCUUACUAAACUAGGAAAAGAAAUGACUGAGCUUGGCGAUAAUACACUACGUAUCCUAUGUGUUGGAGCAUUUCAGAUAUAUCGUUUAAAAUACAAACAGAAAUUGGAAGAGAAAAAUAAACUGUGCAGUAGUAAUGUAUUUAUCGGGGAUUUACCUGGUUUUCAAGAAAAUUUGGGUAUACAGUUGGAAGACGUCAAAUAUGUAGUUCAGGGUCACGUACCAAACAGAUACAAAAUUAAAUACGGAAUAAACAGGGAUUCUGAUAAAUUCAAGAAGCACCCCGAGAAGAAAGACAAGGUGAACUGUGUUUGUUUCGUUUUUGACAUUUCUACGCCUGCUGACGAACUGCCAGGUAAAAUACAGGAAACAUUCGAGAAUUUUCAAUGUUGGCUCAAUGAUAAAAAGAUUCCGUUCAUUGUCAUUCUGACUAAAGUUGACCUGUUGAACGCCGAUGUAGGUGAAGGGAAGUAUCAGGUAUUUGAAAACAACACUUUAAAAGAAAAUAAAGACAAACUCAUAAAGAUGUUUGACUUCAAAGAAAGCAGAAUGUUCCCAGUUGUUAACUAUAUACAUGAAGAUACAGUGGUACCGGAGAGUGAUGCGUUACUUGUAGCGGCUCUUAAGGAAAUUCUGAAACUUGGAAAACAGUAUUUUGAGGAUUCGGAUGAAAAAGAUAAUGAUGAAAGUGAUAACGAAGAAAAGGGAUCAGAUGAUUACGCGACAAGCAAAGCCAAUAGCUAG